AUGGAAGAAAAAUUAGCUGAAUUUCGUAAAAACAAUCAUCCAUCAUCGUUCAACUCUGCACCUAGUGUUGCAUCAUGUCUUUUGUCAAAAUUUCAUCAAGCUAUUUUUCCGUCUCAAUCUCAUCUUAGAAGAUCAACACCAACUAUAAAUGUUGAUCUACAACAGGAAGAACCAUUGGAGAGUCAUGACUCAAAUUCAUCCAUUGUUGUUAUGUUAUUAAAAAUUGUUUUAUGGUUAACAUUGUUUAUUAUUUUUAUCCGUUUAGAAUUUGGUGCUGUUUAUUUUAUUAUAUCGUUUCUUUACAUUAUCUGGAUGAAUUUAGGUAGACGUGAUCGAUCAAAAUUAAGUGCUUAUUCUGUAUUUAAUCCAAAUUUCGAGAAAAUAGGAGGAACAUUCUCAGGUGAAGACUAUGAUAAACAGUUAAGACACGGUGGUGGAACAAUUUUAAGACCAACCUAA